CUCGUCUAGUCUGCACUUUACUUGUAGAGUUUGCCAGCUGGGCGGUUCCAAUACUUAAAUUUUCUACUUUACUGUUAAUGUUAAGCGGUUAGUGAAUUUCUUCGUUAUAGUACAUAUUAACAGUGCCCAACACACAAACUUUUGUUUAUGUUUGCCCGUCUGCCAGCUGUGACAAACCCAACCCCAAAAGAGGGCUAGACAGAGCGACGUACCUACUGUCUGGUCUGAUCUGAUGGCGUGACUGCGCGUGUCUGGUGCAGAGAGGAGCGAGGAGUGAGGCGGGGCGAAGGGCGAAGGGAGGGCUCUAUAUGGCACAUCCGGAGCCAUGAAGGUGGACGCCGAAGCUAAGGACGCGCCCGCCGCGCCUGCCGUCACCCCCGGGACCUCCAUCGCUAGUAAUACAGACUCGCCUGUGUCAUCUCUGGACGGUUUUCCAACCUCGGAGACAUCAGAGACGAUUCCGACGCCCGCCCGGGCGCUGCUCGCCAAGCUGGAGGAGGCCAACAGGCAGAUCGAAGCGGACGCCAAGAGCCUAGUGCUCAACACAGUACACAGCCGGAAGAACUCCGACACCUCACAAAUAUCUUUGGCCUCUGGCACCAGCUCAAGUUAUGAGCCGGAGGCUCGAGUUGGCGGGAAUGGCGAAGAAGACCUGUGGAGCACGUGGGGCCGCAUCGUCAACAACUGGGAGACCGAGUGGAAGCGGAAAAACCAGUUCGUUCGCGACCUGGUGCGGCAAGGCGUGCCUCACCACUUCAGGGGCAUCGUGUGGCAGCUACUGGCCGGUGUGGACUCUUCGCCGGAGAAAAAGCUAUAUGCCUCGUACAUUAAGGCGAAGUCUGCUUGUGAGAAAGUGAUUCGCAGGGAUAUCGCGCGCACUUACCCAGAGCAUGAUUUCUUUAAGGAAAAGGACGGCCUAGGCCAAGAGUCCCUUUUCAACGUCAUGAAAGCCUACUCGCUGCACGACCGUGAAGUGGGGUACUGCCAAGGAUCUGGCUUCAUUGUUGGCUUACUGCUAAUGCAAAUGCCGGAAGAAGAGGCGUUCGCGGUGUUAGUGAAGAUCAUGCAGCAGCACCGCAUGCGCGACAUGUUCAAACCGAGCAUGGCCGAGCUCGGCCUCUGCAUGUUCCAACUGGAGAACCUGGUCCAAGAACUGCUGCCAGACUUGCAUGUCCACUUCCAAUCACAGAUAGCCCUGGUGACGAAGUUUCGAAAAUAUGUAUGGGGGCCUAAAUCUGUGAGAUCAGACAAAAAAUAUUUCUGUAUGAAGAGUUUUAGCACAUCGAUAUAUGCGAGCAGCUGGUUUCUGACGCUGUUCACUACAACGCUAUCGCUCCCACUGGCCUGUCGCAUCAUGGACGUCUUCUUGUCGGAAGGAAUUGAGAUUGUGUUCAAAGUAGCCCUCGCUAUGCUCACGCUUGGUAAAAACGAUCUCCUUUCUCUUGACAUGGAGAGCAUUCUUAAGUAUAUACAGAAGGAAUUGCCAGCGAAAGCAGAGGCCGACCAGGAUGCGUUCAUGAACCUAGCCUACUCCAUUAAGGUUAACCCCAAAAAGAUGAAAAAGCUUGAAAAGGAGUACACGGUUAUAAAAACCAAAGAGCAGGGUGACAUUGCAGUGCUCAGAUGUCUGAGACAAGAGAACCGUCUGCUAAAGCAGCGGGUGGAGCUCCUCGAGAAGGAGAGCUCCGCGCUGGCCGAGCGGCUGGUCCGCGGGCAGGUGGACCGCGCCGAGGGCGAGGAGGAGACGUUCGCGCUGGCGCGGGAGGUGCAGGCGCUGCGCCGCGCCAACGUGGACGCGCAGCAGCGGCUCGCCGUCAUGCAGGACGAGGUCCGCUCGCUCGAGAUGACCAUAGCCGAGAACAACUCGCGGCAGUCAUCCCUGGAGGGCACGGAAGGGCAGGGCAGCGAGGAGCUCGCGCGGUGCCUGCAGCGCGAGCUGGUGCGGGCGCGGCUGCACGCUGCCGAGCGCGAGGCGGCCGAGCGCGAGCUCACCGCGCGCAUCGACGAGCUCGAGAACGAGAACAAGAGCCUGCGGCGGCAGCGCGUCGACAACAACGUGGCGCACCUGCAGGACGAACUCAUCGCAGUGAAGCUGCGUGAAGCCGAGGCUAACUUAUCGUUGAAGGAUUUGCGUCAACGGGUCACCGAGCUCUCUGAAGCUUGGCAGAGGUAUCAGCAAGAGCACAGACAAGAGCCGACCGCAGCACCCGUGCAGUCGAACGUCGUGUCGGACAUAAUGGCGACUCCCAAGAAACUGCUCAGAGCUUGGGAGGGCCGCUCCGCCGACAUGCAGAAGCUGGACGAAGAGCUCAUGAACACCAGGAUACGGGAGGUGGAGGCGCUCACUGAGCUCAAGGAGGCCAGGCUCAAGCUGAUGGAGUUGGAGACGCAAGUGCACGUGUCGACGAACCAGCUGCGGCGGCAGGACGAGGAGGCGCGCGAGCUGCGCGAGAACCUGGACGCGGCGCUGCGCCGCGAGCGCGCGCUGCAGGCGCGCCAGCGCGAGUUCCAGCACAAGUACACCGACCUCGAGAGCAAGGCGAAGUACGACUCGAUGCAAGCAAAUAUUAGAAAUAUGGAGGACGCACAAAGGAUAGCAGAGCUAGAGACGGAAGUUUCUGAGUAUAAGCUAAAGAACGAAGUGAUGGCGACAGAAGGAGAGCUCCGGAACAACAUGGACGACACGGAGCGCGUGCGCGAGCUGCAGGAGCAAGUCGCCGAACUCAAAGCAGAGGUCAUGAGGCUAGAAGCUUCCAAAGCACGAUCCUUGGGGCUCAGCCACCAGUCAGUUAUCUGCCGCAACAUCUCCUUCGAAGACGACCCGUUGGACCUGGAAGAACUCAACAAAAAUUAAAUUUAUACGUUUCACUAUGACCUCCCUAAUGGUGUGGUAAUGUCGUUACUUUUGAGCUAAGAGCCCCUAGAAUUGAUUUUAUUCGAAAAGGUACGCUUCGUUUUUAACCGACUUCAAAAAAGGAGGAGGUUCUCAUGUAAUGAAAAUGUUUCCAAAACGCGCCACUUGGCGCGCUGUUACAAAUUCUCCUCUACAAAAUGCUUGCCGAAGCGUUUAUGUCGCGUCACGUUUUUGAAUGGAAUUCGCACUCUUCGAUUCACAUAAAACUGAAGUGUUAUGGGCUAUGGGCACACAGCUACAAUCGUUCACUCUGUUAAGCGUAAAGGCACUGCGGCAUAUUGUUUAUAUUGUUCUCUUAAUUAUAUAUUCGGCUUUACACAGACAUCAAGAACUGAUUUACAUUAAAUCAGAACUAUACCGAUGGGAAAAGGCGGAUCGUUAAAAAGUGUCAAUUGAAUUAAUAUUACCGAUUUACACGGGAAAUUAACCAAUUAUAAUUUGUACUUUUAUAACUAUAACAAAAAACGUUAAAUCUAGCAACCGCAGUUUUAAGUAGAACGGUAAACUACAGUUGCAAUGACUUUAUCGUUUAUUUAAAUUCCAACUGAGUAGGAACAUAGUUGGCUCAUGUUUGUAUUGUUCGGAAUACACAAUAAGUACUUAGCUUUAGUGUGAUACAGCUUCACCCCAAUUUAUAAUAGAAGAAAAGUGGGUGUUUCUUUUAUAACAUAUGUAUAACAAAAAAAUAUCAGCACAAUAAUAAUUGUUAAUGGAAGUCACCGGGGAUGAAAAUGAACUAUUUCAGGUGGUCCCAAUAGAUGUCGCCUUAUUUAAGGUGCAUGUUUUCCAAUGUAGACAUCGUGUAAUAUCUACUUAUUCAUGCGUUCUAAAACCACAACGAUACUCUUAUAAUACAAUAAUUAAUUAUAUAAGUUACUUAACAUUGUUAAACUAUUAGUAAUCAAUAAGUUAUGAUAUGAUAUUCAUGACACCUACGUGUUAUUUUCAUUUAUAACACUGUUUAAGCAUAAUUUUACGACGUUAAACUCAUUUUAAAAACUAAAUCCAUAAGCAUAAUCUUUCACUGAUUUCUUUAUAUGUAUAUAACAUUGGCUAAUGAUUUUUUAUGAAAGUUUUUACAGUAAUCAUAGGACUGUCAAUUGGUGUGUUCACAAAAAGAGAUCACCGUAAAAUAAUGUCAAUACCUGCAUUUUUCGGUGGCUGUCAUGCUGCAUAUAUAAUCCAUAGAACAGUAGUUUAAUCCAUAAAACUGUAGUUCUAACUAUAGUCUUUAGAAUACCAUAUUUAACCAAAUUUUGUAGUAAUACAUUUAUUAAUACCUAAUAAAAUAAAGUAAAUCCUACGAACUGACACUGGGCAGAAGACUUCACUGAAAGUGUUGCUGGUGAGACCUAAAUGAUAGUUUAACUAUUUGUGAAAAUAACUUGAUUCGCCUGCGUCUUGAUUAUACUUUUAUGAAGGUUGGCUCAACACGGUCAAGUGGGGCUUGUCGAGCACGCAGGCGCAUCAGAACAUUCGGAGUCUGACUCUUCCAUAGUUCCCAAAAACUCGUGUUGCCAACUACAUUGAUGCACUAUAGAUAAAAUCUUUUUAUAAGGUUGUAGUCGAAAUAGACUAGGGUAAUCAGUAGUUAACUACUAUCUACUUAGUACAGAAGGUAGAAGAUGUAGGUAAGUUUUUGUACGUGGUAAGUGUGGGCAAGCAAAAUCAAUUCACAGUGACAAACAUGCCAAAUUGUUUGAUCUCAGCUCCCAUAAAUGUACUCCAGCCCGUACGCAUAAGGGCAGUAGCCAAAAUCCAGCUUAUUCCGAGUAUUAUUUAUAAUAUUUAUAUUAUGCUUUAUCAAUAUUAACGCUGAGACAUUCCAGUAAUAAUGUAGUAUGAUUUAUAAUUUAUUUUAAGUUUUAUAAAAAAAUGGCGCUAGCCCGAGGGUGGCGGCCAAUUCAAUGUUUUGUAGAAAAGUGUUUUAUAAAUAUUAGCAUAGGGAAGGAAAAGUUUUUUAGAAGUGAUGCAGGGAUAGUUAAUCGAGUCUUACAGCAAAUAACAGUACUUACUAGAUUAUUAGUUUACGCAAUGUUUUGUAUAAUUUUAAGAAACGAUAUUUUAUUAUAUUUGUAGUUUUAUGAUGCUUCGGGUGAAUACUCAUGUUACACUUCGUUACGACGUCGUGUCUACUAAAUAAUGUGAUGUUAUUCAUUCCACGCCCUGUGCAUAGCUAGCGACUGAAUAUCGGCAGCUUUUUUUUAUUUUGACUGGCCGGUACUGUACUCACCAACUCACAUAAUAUAUAAAGUAACUGAAUUGACCGUGACGUCACUCAAUUCGAUUACAUAUUAAUUCCAUAUUAGCAAGUCGUUCAAAUUCGUUUUGACAAUUCUUAAAAAGAAGCUGAUUUGACUAGGAGGCACGUAGCCUAUUAUUAUUUAUUAGGUCUUCCUAUAGAUCUUUCUAUAGAUCUUUCUAUAGAUAUAUAGGUCUAUAUAGGUAUAUAUAGGUCUUUCUAUAGAUCUUUAUUAUUGCGUGAUAGUACCUUUGCUUAGCACAACACAUGCAGGCUUAUAGUUUCCGAAUUUAUUUACUCAGUCAAAAUAUUACCAUCAAGAUUCAAAAUUGAAUUUGUCAAGUAUUUUUUUAUAAACCGAUAGAACCAUGAGUUAAUUUGGACAGCAUACGCUUUGAAAAUAAGCAUACAUGUGUACCAAAUUUUUUUUGUUGCUUACGGCCAUACUAUUAACAAUUUAAAUUAUUAAACUAAACACAUGUUUCUGCUUAGUAAAAUAGUAACUUUAAAGUGAGUCCACGUUGCUGACCGAUUAUUAUACACGUGAAAUGAAUAUUUUUGAGAGGCUGCUUUAAUCAUUUUAUUAUAAAUAAUUAAUCUUAUCCCAUAAGGACAGCCACAUAUAUAAUUAACAACGAUCUCCUGUCCCGAAUAGAACACAACAUAGAGGGAGUUGUACACGUUCGUAUUCGCGAAUAAAUAACUGACUCAAUAAAGACUGUUGUGUUUAACCCGGUUCCGGUUGGUAUUUGCUUCAUUCAAAUUUAUUUUCAGUUUAACGAUACGAAAACGGUCAUAUAAUAUAAGAGAGGUACACAGAUGCGUAAUCCUUUAGGUAUAGGUACCAUCGUAUUUUUUUUGGAAACAUGCGAACGUGUCAUGCUAUUUCAGUCAUUCUUAUUACAAAAAGUAUCGAGGUAAGUAGCAUGAUAAAUACGAAGGUUUUUUGAGAAAAUAUGAUAGUGUCAGGAUUAUGCACUACCUACAUCUAUACUUAAUUGGGUGUUAGAUGUUUCUCAUUAUACUAAAAAACGAAGAUAUGGUCAAAAUUAUAACGCAAUUUCUUAUAUCUGCUUUUGUCACAUUUAAGCUGAAUCAAAAAUUCAUUGAUUUUGUAGCUUGUCCGAUUUCCUAACCGAACAAGCUUAUCAAAUCCUAUAAGUACACGAGUUUAUCUUCGACUUUGAACAUCUAAUAAAAACGAUGAUUGUUUGGCUGGAUAUAAAUAGCAUUUCUAUUUUGACCAUGUCCAGAGACGUGCACUUUUACUUAUAGAGACCAAUCGUCGAACUACUCAAUUAAGUCCCUGUCUUUGUUUUUUUUUUCUAUAAUGUAUUAUAAUAUAUAAUCGAGUAGCUCAGCAUAGGCAAUUUGUAUUGUUAUGAAAACCAUGACUUAUUAUUUCUAUAUUAUUGAUAUUGUUGUAUUCAUUUUAGUUUAUUAGAGUAAUAAUUGGUUAUGAAUGAAAAUAUUUUAUUUUAUAAUUUAAUGUUGCAAAGUAUAAACAAAUCACACUAUUGAAAUCGUUUAAUAUAUUUGUACAUCCGGAUACAGUAUUUGACCUGAUGGCAGUUUAUUGUAUUAUUUUACCUUUUAAGUUAACAUUGCUUUGAAUUUAACUGCUGAAUAAAAUGAAAAGCAAUCAACGCAUGUCAGAGACAUGAAAAACGACACAUGUCGGGGCUAUCGUUAAUAAUUACCUGACAAAAGCAAUAAAGUGUUUAGAUAAUUAUUAAAUCUUGCCGGCAAGUUAUUGUGUUUUCAUAAUGUGUAUUAGCAACAAUAAACAACAAUUACAAUUUUAGAAAAUAAACUACACUUUAAAAUAAAGUUUAAAA